GGGCAUCGCCGAACCAGCCCUGUUUCUCUGGCGCGCGGGGCUGCCCAUUCGGCGUGAAGUUGCCCGUAUCGACAGACCGGGCUGGUCUGUUCGCUUGUCCCCUCUCCUCCGACUUCUCCUGAGCAAUCCAGGUCCAGAUCCAGAGCCAGAGCCAGAGCCAAGACCCUCUUGCGUCUGCCUCCACAACCAUCCUCCACCGCCGCCAAGAUGAUGUCUGAAGGACAGCUCGAGCGAAGGAAGGAAAGCUUCCGCGCCCGAAGCCGGUCCACAGAGUCCGCCGUCACCCGAGAUUCGGUUUCGGCCAGCAGCUAUCGGAGGGGCGCCAGGGGCAGCGCUUCAGCGACCCCAUAUGAGGCAUUGAAUCUGCCGGUCAUCUACACGGCCAUCCUCUCGCAGGUUGCGAUGGCCUUUCGGGCCAUCCUCCGGCUCGAUACCCAUGUCAAGGACUCGUUGGAGUAUAAGGACUCGUUCACCGGGGCCGAAGCUGUGGAUACUCUGGCAUACAUUAUCAAAACUACCGAUCGGAAUCUCGCCAUCCUCAUCGGCCGAGCUCUUGAGUCCCAAAAGUUCUUCCACGAUGUCCACUACAACCACCGUUUGCGCGACUCGCCGCACGAACUGUACCAGUUCAGUGUCUCGAUCUCAUCGAUCCGCCUUGCCCGAGGCAUCACGGCCCAUAGCGAAAUCAACAUGCUCGAGGCCGACGGCAUCGAUUCAGCCUCGCCAAACAACGAGCCAACCCCACUGUCUCUCAACUUCACCGACGAUACUCCCGUUGGAGUGUUCACUCUCCUCACGGAUUGCUACUCGCCCACAUGUACCCGCGAGAAACUAUGCUACAGCAUCGCCUGCCCGCGGCGCCUGGAGCAGCAAACUCGAGUCAGCAACCAAGUCACGCAGCUCCAUCGCGGAAGCUCGAAUCACAACAAGCUAUGGUCUGCCGUUGUGCCUGAGGAAGUCUUGGCUUCGACCUCGGACAAGGAGCGGAAGCGGCAAGAGAUUAUCUAUGAAAUCAUCCACACUGAGCAAGAGUUUGUUGCGGACCUGGCGCUGGUGCAGAAUCUCUAUGUCAAGCGACUGAAGGAAUCGGAUAUUGUCCCGGACACACGGCGCGACGACUUUGUCAAAGAAGUCUUCUUGAACAUUGGCCAAAUCCAUGCAAUCAACUCCAAGCUGUGUCGGCAGCUCUUGGCUCGCCAAAGCGAAAACUACAUCGUUUCCAAGAUUGGCGAUAUAUUCCUGGGCGUGGUCAACGAGUUCUCUCAUUUUGUCGAAUAUGGCGCCAAGCAGGUCUAUGCCAAAAACACCCUCGACGUUGAGAUUGCCCAGAACCCCGAUUUCGCCAAGCUGCUUCAGGAAGUCGAGCGACACCCCGACAGCCGGCGUUUGCCAAUCCAAAGCUUCCUGGGACGGCCCGUGACGCGGAUGGGGCGAUACCCUCUGCUGCUCGAGAAUGUUCUCAAAUACACAUCGGAGGAGCAUCCCGAUCAAUUGCUCAUCAGUAACUCGAUCAAGGUUAUUCGCGACGUCCUGCAGCGGAUCAACACCGAAGCCGGCAAGGCCGACAACAUUCUGAAGCUGGCGCGGCUGCAUCACAAGAUUCUGUGGCCGCCGGGGGAGUAUGAGGAUCUGCAACUCACGGAUCCGUCGAGACUGUUUGUGCGAGACGGCACAAUGACCUUCAAGAAAGCGGCGACGGACCUGUCGCUUCACAUAUUUCUGUUCGAUCACUGCCUACUCUUGACCAAGGUCAAGAAAACCGGGUUCAAGGUGUUCAAGAAGCCAAUCCCUCUCGAACUGCUGGUGCUCGGCACCGACAGGACGGUACAAGCCAAUCGACAGUCAGCUCUCUUCCUCAAAGUAACCCUCGACCGCAGAGAGUCCUCCAAGGACAUUCGCACGUCCUCGACCGCAACAGCUCCCAAAUCGUCCUCGAGCCUCACCGAGAAAGGCUUCCCCGUCACCGUCAUCCAUCUGGGGCGGUUUGGCGGCACGUAUACUCUGUAUGCCUCGAGCCACGCAGACCGGCGCGCCUGGCGGGAAGCAAUCGACAAGCAGUCAAAGGUUCUGGUCGACAGCCAACGGAUAUUCGAGGUCGUUACCCUUGUCGACACCAACCUAACCAAUCACUCCAAGGUCAACUGCUCAGCGGCAAUCGGAAGCCGACUCAUCCUCGGCACCGACAACGGGCUAUGGCUCGGUCCGGAGAAUAGCCUCAACUUUCCGACUGAUAUCCGGACGGCGGCGUUUCAGCAUGUCCUGGAACUCGAGAAAGUCACCCAGAUCGAGGUGCUCCAGGAUUUCGAGACAAUUGCGAUCCUUGCUGCCUCGACCCUGUGGACGUUUCCCUUGGAUCUCCUCAACGAAGGACAGCAGGAAGCCGCCCAGAAGCGGUCCAAGAAGAUCACCAGCCCCGUCAGUUUCUUCAAGCUUGGUGCAUUUAUGGGCAAGACCGUGAUAUGCACGGUCCGGUCCACCACGCUGUCGUCGACCAUCAAGAUUUUCGAGCCUGUGGACCAGGGCAACACAAGGAAGAAGGCCAAUCGUUUCGCCAAGCUGUUCCGGUCCGGAGGAGAUUCGAUGAAAAUCCUGAAGGAGUUUUAUAUUCCUGCCGAAUCAAGCACUGUCUAUUUCUUGAAGAACAAACUGUGCGUUGGCAGUCAAAAGGGGUUCGAGGUUGUCGACCUGGAGACGCUGAGCAGCCAAGAGCUACUGGAUCCCCAAGACGAGUCGCUCAACCAGUUCCGCAAGCGAGACAAUCUCAAGUCCAUCGCCAUUUUUCGCGUCCGUGACGGAGAGUUUUUACUCUGCUAUCCUGAGUUCGCCUUCUAUGUCAACAAGCUCGGCAAGCAUACCAAUACCGAGCUGUUGAUCAAUUGGUCGGGAGCCCCCACGGCAUUCGCAUAUGUCCCACCAUACGUCCUUGCUUUCGAUCCCACCUUUAUCGAGGUGCGCCAUGUGGACACAGGGAUACUCAGCCAAGUGAUACCCGUCACCAACCUCCGGCCUCUCAACAUCGACUCCUCGCUCAUCCACGGCGUCUCCGACACGGCCUUUGAUUCUCAGUCCAUAUUUCGUGUUCGUCCGCGGUCCUCCGACAGCCACAGCCCCAGCCAGGACUUGCAGAUCAAGUCGUGAGAGCGCUGGGCGCGAACAACAGCCAUUUGCUGUAUCUGCUUCCAUACCACCGUCCCUGUCAAGCCGCACUGCUGCUCCAUAUUCGACUCUCCAUCUGUGCCCUGGCCGCUGCGCCAAGAGCGAGCCGCCGCCUGUCUGUCUGCCAUCGCUUGCCCGCACCGCUUCAUCUUUGUACCUUGCCGCUCCUGCGGCGG